GAAGUCGGGCUCCCGCCUGGAUGGGAGGCGGGAGGGAGUCCCGCUCCUGUUGUUUUCCGCGAGCGGGAGUGGGUGGCGGGCGCAGAGGGCGGGGUGCGCCCUCCCACCCCGGGCCGGGCGCUCCGGAGACAGAAUCGCGCCGGGAGUCCGGCGCGGCUCCCACCCGCGGACCUCGGGCUCAGCCCAAGCAUCCUUCCUGGGGGCUGCGGAGAGUCGGGCUCCUCUGUCGUUCCGACGACCUGGGAGGAGCGCUCAGUACCCCAGGGGCCGGGGCCCUGGGGAGGGGAGGGGCGCACGCCCACCCAGCCGGAGCCUGCGUUUCCUGAGGAGCCCCUGCCGGCGUCUGGGGUGAGAUGGCCGCGGGCGUCCGGGCGUCCCCGCCGCAGGUCCUUGUCUGCCUCGGGGUGCUGCUGGCCCGCUGGGUCGCCGCAGGUUUGGAGGCUCUGGUCAUUGGGCAGGUUCACGAGAACAUUACUCUGCACUGUGGCAACGUCUCGGGACCAAGGGGCCCGGUAACCUGGUACCGGGAUGACUCGGAGCCUGUCUUCCUCCUGUCCUACAAUUCCAGCUUCCCGCCGGCUGAGCCGCGCUUCUCUCUGGCAGAUGCCAGCUCGCUGCACAUCACCGCGCUGAGGCCGCGGGAUGAGGGCAACUACACCUGCCGGGAGGUCCUGAACGAGACCCGGCGGUUCCGAGUGUGGCUGCAGGUGGCUGGCGGCCCCUGUGAGGUUGAGGUCAAUAUCUCCAGCACCGGCAAGCUCCCCAAUGGCACCGUCUAUGCGGCCAAGGGCUCCCAGGUGGACUUCAGCUGCAGCAGUAGCUCCUGGCCUCCCCCAAUGGUUGAAUGGCAGUUUCGGGCCCCAGAUUCCAGCACCGAGCCCUUUGGAAACAACCUGACAGUCAGCUACUUCACUCUGCUGCUGAUGUCACAAAACCUCCAAGGAAACUACACCUGUUUGGCCACGAACAUGCGCACUGGGAGACGGCGAAAGGUGACCACCGAGCUCCUGGUCUACUUCCCCCCUCCAUCAGCCCCUCAGUGCCGGGCAGAGAUGUCACAAGGAUCACUCAUGCUGCAGCUCACCUGUCGCUGGGACGGGGGAUACCCAGACCCGGACUUCCUGUGGACAGAAGAGCCAGGAGGUGUGGUCGUGGGGACGUCAAAGCUGGGGGUGGAGAUGCUGAACCAGUCCCAGCUGUCAGAUGGCAAGAAGUUCAAGUGUGUUGGGAGCCACAUAGUGGGGCCGGAGCUGGGAGCCAGCUGUGCGGUACAGAUCAGGAGCCCCUCCCUUCUCUCUGAGCCCAUGAGGACUUGCUUCGUGGGGGGCAAUGUGACGCUCACCUGCCAAGUGACUGGAGCCUACCCCCCUGCCAAGAUCCUGUGGCUGAGGAACCUCACCCAGCCUGAGGUGGUCCUCCAGCCCAAUGGCCACUAUCUCAUCACGCAGAAUGGCCAGAUCUCCAGUCUCACCAUCCUCAACUGCUCCCAGGCCCUGGAUGAGGGCUACUAUGUCUGUCAGGCUGAGAACCCUGUGGGGGUGCGGCAGGUGGACAUCUGGCUGACCGUGAAAGAACCUUUAAAUAUCGGGGGACUUGUGGGCACCAUCAUGAGCCUCCUGCUGCUGGGACUGGCUAUCAUCUCAGGGCUUAUGUUAUAUUACAACCCCGUGUUCUGCUGGAAAGUAGGAAGCACUUUCAGGGGACAAGACAUGGGGGAUGUCAUGGUUUUGGUGGAUUCAGAAGAAGAGGAGGAGGUAGAGGAGGAAGAUGCCGCUGAAGAGGAGGAAGAAGAGGAAGAAGCAAAUGAGAGAGAGGUAUCGCCAGAAGAAAUCCGUAAGCAUGGCCACGUUCACAGAGUGACUGCCCUGGUGAAUGGGAAUGUCGACUGGAUGGGCAGUGGGCUCCAGGCUCUGCAAGACGACAGCAGUGAGGAGCAGAGUGACAUCGUUCAAGAAGAAGACAGGCCAGUUUGAAGAAAGAGAACUAUCCUCCGUUAUCCCAUCUUAAAAGCCUGGAAAGCUACGUUGAAGAUGAGCUUUUCAUCCUGCUUUGACUUGACUUGCACCCCUGCCUGAGGGCUGAAAAUGGUUUGGGACACUCAGCAAAAAAAGAAAAACACACACACAGAUUCCCUUCUCCACCCCACCCCUUUUUUUUUCUAAAUUGGUUUGAUUUGCUGUUAAGUUUUCUCAUUGAUGUUAAAACGUGUUGGGAACAGGCAGCGCGUGGCGGGGAAAGGUGCAUUUGGCAUCUGAGGUGCCCCCUUCACUGUGACUCUGGCUUGAUCCAGGUUGACUGAUGCUGAUUUGGAGGGGACAAGAGUGGGGGGAAGCACCUGGCCUCCAUGCACAGUGCUCCCAGUACACUCUUAGAGGUCCGUGACCAGCUUGCCCCAUACACACAAGGGAAUAGUGUGGGGGUGAUAGGGACACCUCCUUUAUCACUGCCCGGAAAGCCAGGCAGACGUCACCUCCCUGGAAAAGGUGAGGAGGUGUCCGAUACUGAUGGGGAGUCAAAGGGAGGCAGUUUGGCUCAGGUUUUGGGGUUGUAAACACCUAGGCUUGAACGUGGGCCCUGCUCCUUACUGGUUUCCUGGCCUUGGGCACGUUGCUUUCCUCUGCCGGGGCCUCAGUUUCCUCAUCUGUAAAAUAGGUGAAAUCAUACCUGCCUUACAGGGUAUGGUGGGGACUAAAUGAGGUAUUGUGGAGGGGAAAGUGCUAUCCAGCACGUGUUCAGUAGAUGUUCUUUAUCCUCUCCUCUGCCUUUCCAAGUGGAAGAAACUAUGUCAUCUGUAAGUUACAGGCUGCUGCCUGGGCCUCUCCUUCUUUGUAAAAUGGUUUCAGAGGAAGCAUUACCAGGGCUCUCCUGACGCUAUUUGCUUCCCUGGAGGUGUAAUUCUUUUCAAAAGAGGUAGGGGCCCCUAAGAGGAAGUGCCUUUCAUUAGAACCUCUCAUUUUGCAGAGCUUCAUAUUGAUACAAAAGCCUCUUGGGUGACUCCCUAGUAGCUUGCAGAUUUUCCCAUUCUCCCCUUUCUCCUGUGGCUUUGAAAGAAGGCAGGAGAAAUGUUUUGCAAUGGAGUACCUGGUGAUAAGUACUCCUUGGGCAGACUAGUUCCUCUGGCCUCCAUUUCUCAAUCUUGGAAAUGGGGACGGGAAAACUUGUUUCCUUCCUCCUACUUAAGGAGAGUAUGAGGAUGCAUUGAUCAACAAUGUAAAGUUUUGAAUGAAAUAACAUCUGAUGAGUUUAAGCUGCUGUUUCCAGAUCCCUGUACAGCCCAGAGAUUGUUCGUCUCUGAUUUCGUCCAAAUCUCUUAUAUGUCAGAGACCUAAUAAGGGUGCAAAAGAUGUGGGCUAAACAUGAAAAUCUGACUUGAGUUUGCACUCUUUAAUGUUCAUAUCCCACUUGCUGGGCAAGAGCUAAGGCUUAAGGGAGAGCUUCCUUUCUCCAAAUAACAGGGACUGGGACUCCGGUUAAGAUGAGAAGCUGGUUGUCUGCAGCGUUCCCCUGUGGACUGCUGACAACCCACCAUGGAAGAUACACCAAAAGUCAGAAAAUCAUCCUUGCCAGGUAAAAUUUAUUGUGAUGCAGUAAGUGCCAACUGGUAAUUCUCACCGUGGGACUGACCAGGAACUGCUGCGAAGAAAAAGGUGUCACGGGGAGGAGUCUAAUUUUCUUGGACGAAAAGACUGAACUGAGCAAAUGACUAGGAGUGAACCCCAUCCCCAGCUGAGAGCCCUGUGGAUCGCAGAGGCUGGCUGCAGGUUCUUACCCCCAGCUAAUCUGGGGUGUAUAGCAAACUGCAGUUCUUAUGUGCUGGGGCUUCUGCCGCCCAGCACUUCCUGGAUGUCGCCACUCUGGACAGCCCAAGUCACUGUUUCAGAACAGGAGACUUGAGUUGCUUCUAAAUCACUGAACUCUGAGUCUGUCUCCCUUUAGAAUCUUCCACGAUUAAAUUCCUGACUUUGAGGGUUCACUCUGCAGAGGCAACCACAUUAAAAAAAGAAAAAAAAAACAGGAAAAAAAUUCCUAGCUAGGAACGCAGAGAAUGAUUUGCAAGAUCACUGAGACGCUUUGCAGAACUUCUUCUCUUGCACACGCACCUGAUGAUAGGAAAUCUUUGGGGCAAGGGUUUUCCGCUAGCAAUUGGGGGCUUCGAGGUCUUGUUGCCAAACGCUCUACACCCUAGAUUAGCUGAGUCACGACUUCAGUCACUCAUAUCUGAGCCCUGGGUCAGUUGAGAGCACAGGUAUCGGCAGCCUUCAAGUUUUAAAGGAUUGUUAAAGAAUUAGGUCUUUCUUUUAUUUUAAGAUGACUCAUCCCUAAAACUACAAGCAUGAGACAGUGGGUUACAAACUCUCUGUGGCAAAGUCCAGGUUGUUACAUUGUGCUGUUACACAAUCGUAUCGGAAGGUAUUCUGAACUCCAAGAUCCACUUACCAGAACCAGGAAGAUAAAUACUGAACGGCUAUCACAACUGACAUUUCAGAAGGAGACACUGGGGAAGGGCUCAGGCAAUCCUGUGGCUUUGAUAUUCUAAUUCUCACAAGCACAUAUAGGCCCUAAGACUGCAGACAACCCACCAUGGAAGAUACACCAAAAGUCAGAAAAUCAUCCUUGCCCCGUAAAAUUUAUUGUGAUGCAGUAAGUGCCAACUGGUAAUUCUCACCGUGGGACUGACCAGGAACUGCUGCGAAGAAAAAUUAGAUCCCUCUGCAUUAUCUACAUGUUAAUAUUUGGUGUGCUGUGGGAGGGGUGGGGACAGAGAAAUUUAUUCUGAGGUUAUAAUAUGAAUUUUUAAAAGAUUAUGGAAUAAAGUUAUUUUUAAAUAAA